CAGCAAGCACUACACGUCUUCGCCCGUUUACAGCAACCUCACGCGUCCCUGAGCCCCUCAUCUCAAUCACACGAAGCUGCUCGUACGCAUUGCACCUGCAUUGCGGCCAAUACUUGAACCAUUCGCGUCAUUUCCCCAAGACUGUGCAAAGACCUUGUGCACAGUCGACGAACCUGCUCCCCCUGUUCUUCGCGGCUAGCUAUAUGCAACAAGAGCCCACCGAGAAUCCAGAAUCGCGUCGUCAAGCAACCGUCCCCGAAGCCUCCUCCCACUUAGCCCACGAUGGCCCCUUUCAACAUGAAGCCGAUCACCUCCAGCGCGUCCGCUCCGCCGACGCCCGCAGCUCUCGCAGCUCGUCGCCACCACCUGCGCGUCUCGCUUUCCUCGACGCCGUCGACGCCGACCAGCUCGAUGAGAGACUACGCGGGCUGAAUCUGCGCGAUAGUCGCGGGAACCGCCACCGCCCUAUCGCCGCAGGUCAGAGAAUCUUGGACUAUGAAAAUGCCCUGACGCCGCCCACACCAAGGCAGGCCAUGGGCUUCAAGGUCAUCAAACGCUCUGACUCAUUCAGCAGCGUGAAGCUAAUCGACUUCCCCAACGAGAUUCUGACGCACGUCCUGUCCCAUCUCCAUCCCGAUUCGCAUGCUUCAGUCGCUCUGGUGUCGAAGCGCUUCUACGCGCUUGUGACAACGCCGCACGCAUGGCGGAUGGCUUUCCUGCGCUACUUUCCGGGGCAGACCCUGCUUGAGAAGAAAUCCGCAAAGACAGAGGCGGACGUCUGGUCAGAGACGGCUUCAGACGUUGUUCGGUUCGAAACUCGCUAUUUCUGCCGGUUGACGCCACUCGCAACGUGGCGUAGUGAGUACCUCUUCAGAACGCGCCUCAUUCGCAGCUUGGCUCGCGGUAAACCCGGAACGUCUACCAGCAACAUCGGGUCAUCGGGAGCCGGUGGCUCAUCUGGAAAGAAGAAGGGUGCCGUGUUGACGUACAACUCCAAACUUCCCUGGCUAGUCACAAAUGUUCACGCCGUCUUCUCCAACGGGAAGAAGCCACCUCAGGCUAUUCAGGGCACGGCAGAUCUCGGCGUGGCGACAAUGAGUGAUCCUACCAGCGGUAGGAUCGAGCGGUGGGGACUUCAAGACCCCUUCACAGCCGCUCAGCUCGAGGAGGUGGCUCCGAACCUCGUGCCGUACGGCCUUGGUGACGGUCCUGCCGCCGUGCCGAACGUCAUGGAUGUGAGCCAGCCGUACGGCAUGCUCACGGGUGAAGGCUUUCCCGGCGGCCGUGCAUACUUCAGAGGUGUGGACGAGCUAUGUGGCCGCUACCUGGGCGGUGAGAGCGGCGUGGUCGACACUUACGCCGACAUACCAAAGAUCCCUGAGAUGUCAGAUGCCAUCUGCAGUGUCUGGAUAGCCAAGUCCUCGGCGGUCCUUACUGCUACGCAAUCCUUGUGCGGGAUGCUCACCGGCUCUGCCCUCGGCAUUGUCACUGCGUAUUCGCUUGGUUGGGAUCCCAGCGGACCACGGCAUGAAAGCGGCGAUAUGACGGCGAGAUGGGUUCUGAGCCCCGGUGUGCCCAUCAUUUCUAUGAAGGUUGACGACGCGUAUAGCAUCAAACGCAAGUCAUCAACCAGAGUAUGGGCCGUGGCUCUCAAUGCUUUGGGUGAGGUGUUUUACCUGACGGAGACACCCUCAGCACCUUCGACUCGCGCCAGCGGUGACGACAUCACUAGGCAGGCAUGGCUUGCCGGGCGCUCAGCCUACUGGCACCUUAUAGAAAGCACACGACGUGUUGCGCGCCCGGAUGACCUUGACAAGAAUGCUUUGCGCGGCGCGUACUCUCCCCGGUCCCCCUCGGAUUCGAUGGAGCUCAACAAACUGCAACUGGCCGCCGAAGCCCGGGAAAUCGAGAAGUUCCUGCGCCAGAAGCCAGCGCAUUUUCGAAAGGUGUGUGAGGGCUGGGACAUGAGGCGGAGACUUGACGUGGACUUCGCCGCCGACGACGGUGCUGGUGCGGGAGAGGGCAUCGUUGUGAUUGACUGCGGGCUGGCCGAUGAUACUUGUGCUUGCAUUCGGCGAUUCUCAAGGGCUCUGGCACCAACAAAAGUCGACGACGGCACUCGCGAAGUGCAAUCAGCUGCUCCCUCACCUGGGCGUGACGUCCCAUCUCUCUUCGGAGCCGUCGAACCCAAAGCAUCCGUCAUCUCCGGCUCCCCUGAGCCCGUAUCGCCCAGGCCACCUCCUCCGACACCAUCAGCACCACCUAGCCAGAAUCGAGGUCUCCAUGAGUGGCACUGCUCUAAGCUGGAGCUCAGGAAUCACGUUCAGACCAUCAUCACCUCCUCUGCUUUGGACUGCUCUCUGCAAAGCCAGCAUACCUUGGCAGAAGACCCGCUUCACGUUGCCGCUGAAUCGGGAACGUCGUCCACGAGGGUUAGAUCCAAGGGAGACUCGGCCUCUUUCGAGAUCCCGGGUCGCAGGGCGCGACCCUUCGCUGUUGGCACCAAGGGUGGUGCUGUGAUAGUCUGGGAUGCGCGCCAUGGACUUUCGGAAAGCGUGUUCCCAAUUCGCAUCAUCCAGACAGACUCGCCUGAGGUAUCCUCGCUCGCAAUUUCGGCGCUGUAUCUCGUGCACGGUGGUAGCGAUGGGCUCGUCCAGGCCUGGGACACGUUGGCAUCGACGACCGAUCCCAUCAGGACCCUGAACGCUAGGUCUAAUGGGCGUGUUCCGCGGCACAUGAUGGUUUUGAAUCCGGCGCUUCAUGAGGGCAGUUAUUCCGCCGUGGGCGCAAUUUACCUGGAUCCGGACCCUACAAGCCUCCGGGGUGUCUUGUCCUUUGGUGCCUUUCUGCGUUUUUGGACAUACAGCUCUGCGAACCACCCGGCGGGUCGCAAGCGUCGCCUUCGGCACUCUGACGUUCAUGGCCGCCUGGCAAGUCGUCGGCUCGGCGGUGCCGUGUCUGGCUACAUUGCAGCGGAGGAGGCCGAGCUGCGGCGUGAGAACGAACAGCGAGCACGGGAGCAGACCCGGCUGCGGCGGCGUUUCGGCGUAGGUGCCCUCGGAGACUUGACCGAGGAAGAGGCCUUGCGGUAUGCACAGAUGGUGUCGGAGGAGGCAUACCUCCAGGAUGAGCAGCGAAGGGCUAGUGACUCAGCUGCCGACGCGAGCCUCGAUACCGCGUCCUCGAUAAGCGAAACCACGGCAGACACAGCCACGCCCGAACCCAGCAUCACGGACGCAAGCCCCCAAGUCAACAAUCCAGUGACCGACGAUGAAAGUGAAUUCGAGCAGCAGAUCCAACAGGCAAUCCGCCUGUCGCUCUUGGAGGGCGUGAACGACAUGGGCCAGUCACCCCGCGGGAACAGCUCUGGCGACUUUGAGUAUGCUAUCAAAGUCAAGCCCAAGGGCGGCAAGAAGAGGAAAUGUUCGGGCUCGGCGUCUUCGUCGCCCGCUAGCCACACCCCUAUCAAUGACCCCGGUCCUGGGACCUCGAGCCCAUCUGCCAACCAGGAUGAGGAUCUGGCAAUCGCGCUCAGCCUCAGCAUGCAGGCCCAGAGGCCGUCACCUCUUUCAUCAGUCCCCGCUGUCAGACGUGGGAGACUGCACGACGAAUUCCCACCGCUGGAUAGUGAGGGUGUUGGCAAGGGGAAAGGUGUCACGAGGUGGCAGUAAUGCGAGCGGGUCGUGUGGCCGUCGGCAUUGCGUCGCGACAAGGCGAGGCGGCGGUGCGGCGAGCGUUUUGGCAUCGCAAGAUGCAAGCAUCCAUUCACUUGAGUUUCAACAACUUGCGGGCCCACAAUGUUCAACAGUGGUGGGCUGAGGGCAUGCACUUGAUAGCCUCAGAUAUAAUUUUCCAAGCAGAUGUAUCUUCUAUAGCUCACUCGCAGCCGGCUUGCCAGUCACUUCAUCGCCAAUGUGACGUAGUGUCCAGGGGGUGUGUUGUGGUGGGAGCGCGGUCUUGAGAUUAUCUUGUCUUCCCUCUUCUUACGUCGCUGAGCCGAGGCACCCUACGAAGCCACGACGCGCUUGCCUAGCGCUGCGGGUCGCUUACCAGAUACAAUAUGCCUGAUAAAAGCCUAACAGGAGCGCUUAGCAUCUUGAUAAGCGGCGGGAUUGCCACUCCCGUCCUCCUCUC